GCAUGUUAGCUUCACCAGCUCAAGGAUGGUUUGAAACAAUUAGAAAAUUACUGUUUCAAACAUUUUCCUAUCAGCUACAUUCUUUGUACUUCGCCCACUAUUAGCCACAAGACACUCCCCCCCCAUCUGCCCCGCGGGAGUGAAUAUGGAUGUGGAGCGACCCAACAGCACCCUGCUCACAUGGGUUCCUGCCCCCAACAGCCAGACCUCCACCAGAUCCAUCUUUGUAGUGGAGAGACAGGAAGUGGGCUCCCCAGAGUGGCACAAGUGCUUCACCUCAGAGAGCGCCGCCUCAGCCGAAAUCACUGGUGACAGCGUGCCGUGCGAAGGCAACUACCGGUUCCGUGUAUGUUGCAUCAACAAGUACGGCCGAAGUGGCCAUGUGGAGUUUCCCCAAGCUGUCCAUCUGGCUCCUGGACCAAAGAUCUGCAGCAGGCUCAAAGGCUGCGAGGUUGUGGAGGGAGAAGACGCUCCGUUCUCCAUCGAAUUGUCCACCCCAAUGGUUGGAACCUGGUUUCUGAACAGCUCUCAACUGCAGCAUGGCGGACGAUAUUCAAUACAACAGUCCGGAACACAACACUCCCUGGUCAUCCGGGACGCCAGCGCCACAGAGGACACAGCAGAGGUCACGUUCAUAGCCAAUGGAGUCAGGGAUUCAGCUGUGCUCACGGUUAAACCUGCUGUGAUGAAAUUCAGUCCCCUGUCAGACUCAGACAGCAACAAGACGGUGGACAUGAGCGACCCCAUUGUUCUCUACUGCGAAGUCUCCCACCCCUUCGCUCAAGUAACUUGGUUUAAAGAUGGAAAAGAGCUGCAGGUGAUGGAUGGCCUCAACAUCCAAUCGGACGGGAACAUGAGGAGGAUUGUGAUUCAGUCAGCUGAUGCAUCUCACUCUGGAGUUUAUUCAUGUGAAACUGCAGGAGAUGUCAUCAAAUUCAACGUGACCGUUGCAGGUCCCCCGGUGGAGUUCAGGCUGCUUCCUGAAGAGGAGCUCCAUAAGAGCAGCAUGGAGUUGGACCCCGUGGUGCUGCUCUGCCAUGUCUCCUCAGACGAUGCAGAGGUUGUGUGGUAUAAGGACGGCUGUGAGGUCCAGCCCACUGACAACAUCACCCUGCAGGCGGAGGGGAGCAUGAGGAGGCUGAUCAUCCGCUCUGCAGAGACCUCUGAUGCCGGCAGUUAUACCUGCCAGGCAGGAAACAGUAGCAUGGAGUUCACAGUCAAUGUCAGAGAGCCUCCAGUGAUGAUCGUGGAACCGAAGGACGAUAUUGUGCUGGAGAGCUUCAUCUCAGAGAAGAUCCAGCUGCAGUGCGAAUUGUCUCGCUCCAGUGGGAAGGUGCGGUGGUUCAAGGACGGCCAGGAGGUGGAGGGAGGCGACAACAUCCAGCUGAUGUGUGAGGGUCCUUACAGGAGGCUGACCAUCCUCAGCCGCUCGGUGGAGGACGGUGGAGAGUACGUCUGCGAAACAGAUGGAGACUCAGUCUUCUUCCAGCUCAGCGUUAAGGAGCCGCUGGUGAAAAUUGUUUCUCCCAGUGAGUCAGAGCUGGAACUGACUCAUCCAGUCACUGAGAGGCUGGAGCUCAACUGUCAGAUCUCCCAGGCGGACGCCCCGGUCCGGUGGUACAAAGAUGGCCUGGAGGUAGAGGAGGGUCAGAACUUUAUCCUGGAGGUGGAUGGAGCCCAACGUCGGCUGGUCAUACCCAUGAGCACGGUGGACGACACAGGGGAGUAUGUUUGCGACACUGAGGAUGACUCUGUGACCUUCCUGGUCACGAUUGCAGAGCCACCAGUGACGCUUACUCGUCCCCAAAACACACCUGACAAACUGGAGUGUUUGGCCGGCGAACAGAUAGUGCUGGAGAUCCAGGUGUCCCGGUCAAGCGCUGAAGUCGUGUGGCGGCUGAAUGGCAGAGAAGUAGAGGAGAGCAGUAACGUCACCAUCACAGAGGACGGGCUCAUCCAUCGUCUGACGAUUCACUGUCCCAACCCAGACGAUUCUGGGAAAUACACAUGUGAUGCUGUUGAUGACAAAAUUGAUUUCGAGGUCAAAGUUUCAGAGCCUCCCACAAAGAUCCUGAGAAAGACAGAGAUUAAGACAAAUCUUAGAUCCAUGAUGUCAGACGACAUUGUGCUGGAAUGUGAGCUCUCCCGGGCCAAUGGCGUCACCAAAUGGUACAAGGAUAACUGUCGCCUUGAGGGAAAUGAAAGGUUCUGUGAAGAGGAGGAAGGUGCUUUCCGCUCAUUGGUCAUCCUCAACGCUGAACUCGGAGACUCGGGAGAGUACUUUCUGGAUGCCGGAGAUGACAACAUCAGCUUCCAUGUUACGGUGCAAGAACCCCCGGUGACGAUUGUGGGCAACUCAAACAACUCUGACAACCAGGAGAUGGAGGAAGGGGAAGACCUGAUCCUGGCCUGCGAAGUGUCCCGUGCCAAUGCCCCAGUCCAGUGGUACUGCAACGACAGGCUGCUUGCCAGCGACUCCCGGACCAACAUCGAGAGCUACGGCACCCUGAGAAAAAUUAUAAUCUCAAAUGUCCAGGCAUCCGAUUCUGGGAAGUACGUGUGUGAUGCUGUGGAUGAUAAGAUGAUCAGCGCUGUCAGGAUUCAAGAGCCUGCAGUUAAGUUUGUGAACAAGGAGGAAGACGUCGUCUUGACGGGUUACGAAGCAGAGGGCGUAACCCUUACAAGCUACGUGUCAAAGGAAAGCGCUCAAGUGCGUUGGAUGAAAAACUGGACGCCUGUGGAAGGCGAACGUACCCGAGCUCUCACAGAGGGGUACAAACGCACGCUUACCAUUGAGCCUUUGAGACGCUCUGAUGCCGGCGAGUACACCUGCGAUGCCAACACGGACCAGGUCCACUUCAGCUUGCUGGUGAAAGAAAUGAGAAUUAAGUUUGUGAGGCCACUCCGAGACACGGUGGCGCAUGCCGACGGUAUGGUGACCCUUUGCUGUGAGGUGUGCAAGCCGAAAGCAGACGUCCAGUGGCUGAGGAAUGGCGUGGAGGUGGUUCCAAGCAGGAGGUUCACCAUACGGGCGGACGGUGUGGAGCGGAGCUUGACCAUCCACCGGUUAACCAGAGAGGAUGCCGGGGACUACACCUGUGAGUCCAGAGAUGACCGGACCGUGGCGACACUGAGAGUAGAGUUGCCUCGGGUGGUGGAGUUCCUCACAGAGCUCCACAACACCACUGUGCUUGAAGGAGAAGAUGCCACCUUCAAGUGUGUGGUUUCCCCUGAGGAUGUUCAGCUGGCCUGGCUCAUGGACAACGAGGCCAUCCCCCUUGGAGAUCGUUUCCAGGCCAACCAGAACGGCCUGUGCCACACUUUGGUUGUCAAGAAAUGCCAAAUGUUGGACUGUUCAAAGAUUACAGCGGAGGCCGAGGGACAGAUGAGCAAAGCCAGCCUCAAAGUUCAGGAGGCUCAGGUCAUGUUUACAAAGAAAAUGGAGGCCGUCAUGGCGGAAGAGUUUGGUGACGCCACCCUGGAGACAGAGAUCAGCCUUGAGAUUGGAGAGGUCCAGUGGAUGAGGCAAGGGGUGGUCAUCCAGCCCGGGCCACGACACACGCUGGCCCAGAGCGGCUGUAAGCGCAGCCUGAUCAUCCAAAACUUGAAUCUGUCAGACCGAGGAACCUAUCGCUGCGAGACUCUGCAUGACCGGACGCAGGUCAAGCUCAAUGUAGAACCUCGUAAAAUCUCCGUCCGUAAAGGCCUAACUGAUCAAGAAACCGUUGAGCGAGAGACCGCCUCCUUCGAGGUGGAGCUCUCGCACACAGAUGUGGAGGGAAUCUGGCAGAAGGACGGCAUCCGCGUGAAACCCAACAACCAGUGGCGGGUGAGCACCAACGGGCUCGUCCACAGCCUCACACUGUCCAACCUCACCCUGGAGGACACGGGCACCAUCGUUUUCUCAGCUGAGGGCAUGCGCACCGCCGCAAGGCUCACCGUCAAAGAGACUCCGGUGUCUAUCCUGAGGACGCUAGCCGACGUCCGUGUGGAAGAGGAACUCCCGACCACUUUGGAGUGUGAAUUCUCCAGACAAAACAUCGAAGUCAAGUGGCUCAAGAACGGGGCGGAGCUGAAGCCGGGCAGCAAUUGUCGGAUCUACUCUAUGGGCCGCAAGCGGUUCUGUCAGAUCAUGUCAUGCUCCCGGUCUGACUCCGGCACCUACACAUGUGACACGGGGGAUAUCAACACUUCUUGUUCACUCGAGGUGUACGAGCAUACGGUGGAGAUAGUGCACGACCUGGAGGACCUUUACAUUAAGGAGGACCAGAACGCCGUCUUCAUGUGUGAGGUUUCCUUGGAGAAUGUUGCUGGGGAGUGGUACAAAGAUGGCCACAAGAUCCGGCCCACUAGCAGCAUCAAGAUCCGCACUGAAGGGACCAAACACUUCCUACUAAUGUGCAACGUCACUGCCGAGGAUGCUGGGGAAAUCCGCUUUGUAGCCAAGGAUGUUGAAUCCACGGCUUCCUUAGAAGUAGAAGAACUCCCCGUUUGCAUUGUAAAACCGCUGCGAGAUCGAACAGCCUUGGAGAAACACCGCGUGAUCUUGGAAUGCACCGUUUCCACGCCUCGCUCCAGCGCAGUCUGGUACAAGGGCAGCGAGGAGCUGGUUCCCUCGGAUCGAGUGGAGAUACUGGCCGACGGAUGCUCCCACAAACUGGUGAUCCAGCAGGUGGCUGUGCAGGAUGAGGGCACCUACAGCGUUGAGGUUGGGGAGCACACAUGUAAAGCCAAACUGAUGGUGGAAGCCCAAGCCCUCGUCAUGGUCACAGAGCUCGAGGAUGUGGAGGUAACUGAGCCCAAGCCGGCAUCCUUCCAGUGUGAGGUGUCCGUCGCCAUUAACAAGCCGCCCCUCUGGACUCUGAACGGAGAGACCCUUCUGCACGGCCCCUCGGUCCGUCUGGAAGACCACGGGAGGGUCCACAAACUCACCCUGAAACAAACCAGCGCGGACAUGAGCGGCGUGGUGAAGUUUACCAUGGGCAAGGCCAAGAGCAGUGCCACGCUCAGUGUAACGGAAACUUAGGGGAAGAGAUAGAAAAGAAAGCGAAGGGGAGACAAAGAAUGAAACUGACUUUAAAAACAGGAAUUUCCCAUCUCAGCCAAACCUUUCUACAUUCAUUUGGCAAGAUUGGAUAACCUGCAUUUCCCAUCCCAGAUUUUAUUUUAAAAUUUAAUUGAGGUUAUUUAGCGUCAAUAUGUUACUUCAGUCAGGUUAUUCUUUUAUCUUUUUUUUACUGGGUCGUAUAUAUUUAUUAGCCUGAUUUCCAAUUGAAUUUAAAUACUUCAUGUAUUCUGAUGAAAAUGCUCCAAAAUAAAUUUUCAAAAAAAACGUUAUAUUGUGGCAAAUUUAUGUCACUUGUUUUCUGAAUAAGGACACAAUCAAUGUCUUAACACCAUACAUCAAUGCUAAAUAAACUAAUAUUUUGCAUAAUUAUUAAAAUGUACCACCUUCCAACAGUC